AUGGCCAUGCAAUACUUGAACCAGCUUAAAGGCCGGCGGCGUUCCUCUCAGAUGAUCAGCACGCCGAAGCCUGUCCUGACCCCCGAGGAUGAAGCUUAUUUUCGGGAAGUUACCGCCCAUCCAGGAUCCGUACCUCUCCCAGCGGAUGAGAUCGAUCAAAUCCAAGCCGAAAGCCUUGCUAGAGAAUCUCAAACCCCUGCGAUGAGCGAACAAGCCGAGAACAUCCCACUGCCUACAUCGCCAGUGGAGGAGUUUGGCAAGGAGCUCGGCGAGGAGGGAAGGCAACAGCGGAAAGGAUCUGAGCCAAAUGUAUCGGGAUCAGAAACACUGAAUUCGAAAACUUUGAAGGCGCCACAAAAAAACAAACGUUGGAGUGCCAUGUUUUGGAAAAAGAAUAAGGGCAAGGAUGCUAGCUCCGCUGAAGCAUCUCAAAUCGAUACCUCGACUUCUACGAGUGCAUCAGAUGCCUUGGCCAGUGGAAAGGACGCAGAUAAAGAUAAAGAUGCAGAAGACAUGACAGAUAUUCUCGAAAGACUAAAUCUGGCCGCGGACAAUAACCGCGUCUUCUCAGUCAGCGAGGAAACACAAGAGCUUUUGCGCAAGUUCAAGCUUAUCUUCAAGGACCUGAUCAAUGGAGUCCCAACUGCUUAUCAUGAUUUGGAAAUGCUCCUUACUAACGGAAACCGUCAACUGCAAGAUACAUACACAAAGCUUCCCGGCCCCAUGCAGAAACUUAUCGAGAAGCUUCCCGAGCGUUGGACCGAGACGUUGGCGCCAGAGAUGCUCGCGGUUGCUGCCGAUCGCGCUGGCAAGAGUGGCGUCAACAUGGAAAAUGUGGGCAAAGCAGCUGCGGCCGCUGAAAAGAUGGGCCUCAACAUUCCAAGCCUGAAGGAACUUGUCUCGAAGCCCGCUGCAUUGGUGGGUAUGCUGCGCUCAAUCAUGGCGUUCUUGCGGGCUCGGUUCCCUGCCGUGUUGGGGAUGAAUGUGCUCUGGUCAUUAGCACUGUUCAUUCUUUUGUUUGUUUUGUGGUAUUGCCACAAGCGUGGACGUGAGGUUCGUCUCGAAAACGAACGUUUGGUAACGGAGGAAGAGAUCACAAAGCUCAAUCAAGACACCUCGGAGGGACUCAUUCGCCCUACCGAGACAUUGACAACCACAGCACCCCAAGGAGCCUCUGCCGAGGAGAUUCGCGAAGGAGUCAGAAAGGUAGAAGAGGCCCGCGCAGGUCCUUCGGGAACUCCUACUCCAGUGGAUGCUCAGAGCGAAAUUUCUCAAAAGCCGCCAAUGCCCGCCCGGUCGAAAUCUCGACUCUCCAUCUUCGGUCGGGCCAAGACAGAACCUGUCAUUAAUACUGUUUCCCCCUACCCGGGGACUUAA